AUGGUACAGAUACGCACACGUUGUUGGCCGGGAACAACUCGAUUGGAAAGCACAAGAAUUGCGCGACCAUACAUUGAGCUCUUCCCACUAUCCGCUGAUCACCUUAUUACACUUAUGCAGCACAACGUAUAUCGCGGCUUCUUGACCAACAUGCUGCUGCUGAACCUUCCAAAUAUAUUCGGAUGCGACGUUAACGUGGGCCAUUGUGGGCUCAUAUGUCCUCUACCCCUGCCUACUACCCUGCCUCCAACUCUUGCGCCAACACCAUUACAGCAGCGCGUGCCACAUGAACCCUGGAUGGAUCUGUUUCCCCUUCCGGCCCUGCGCGACAAGUUGAUCAAGGCUGAGGAGCCUUUCGACUCUUGCGAAUUGUGCUUUGAUAUCUUGGGGGCUUUGGUGGAGAAGAACAUACCCUGGAAAGGCAUACUUAUCUGGGGCGACCCGUGGCUCCUGUCUUCAUGGGAGCUUUCGGAAGGUUUCUGGAAGCGAUGGGGUUGGCUAAUGCGAGGUUGUGGUGACGAUGUCAUGUUGUCGACAAAUCGCUGGAGGGCAACGAGGGGGGAACAAGCGUUGACGUUAGAGCAGACCAUCUGA